UCACCUCUAACAAAUCACACAACAAGACCCAUUCAUAACCAACCUAACCUCUCUCUCACACAACAACACUCAUCAAUCAUACUCUGCUUGUUCAAAUCCUCUCUCAAAACCAUCAUUUCUGGAAUACAGAAUGCCGGCUUGGUGGAACAGAAAGCCAUGGAAGAACAAGCAGGAACACGAUGAUGAUGAAGACGGUGAGUAUGAGGCGGAGGAGGUGGAGGAAGCACCGCGUUCUGGGCUUCAAUUCAAUUUCAUGAAAUCUCCAAUCAGCAGCGCAAGGAGCAGUGAUAAGAAGAAGAAGAAGAAGAUUAAGGAUAAGAAGAAGCCCAAGAGUUUCGAUGAGGUACUGUAUCGGAAUUCACCCAGAACCAGCAAGGAUUGUGAUGGCGGCGCCGCCGCCAUGGAGAAGAAAGGGCUUCCGUUGCCUCGCCCUACCACACCCUGCGAUCAGGCUUCCAUUUCUGGCUCCAGCCUCAGUUCAUCUGCCUCUGCUUCGUUCGAUGAUCAUUCAAUCUCGCCUCAUUUCAACGCUAACAGAGGACAAGAGGAGGUGAAGUUCAAUGUGAGGCCAAAAAGCCCUUGUUCAAGAGGACCCACCAGCCCUACAUCACCUCUUCACCAAAGGUUGCAUGCUUUGAGUCUUGACUCUCCCACAGGAGGAAAGCAAGAUGAAGGAACGAGUCAAUGUCACCCAUUGCCUCUUCCACCGGGCUCUCCUACUAGCCCUUCGGCUCCUUGCAACACGCGGGCAAAUGGGGUGUUAGAAAACAAUACCUGUAAUCUCUCCAAGUGGAAGAAAGGAAAGCUUCUAGGGCGGGGAACGUUUGGACAUGUUUAUCUGGGAUUCAAUAGUGAAAAUGGACAAAUGUGUGCUAUAAAAGAAGUCAAAGUUUUCUCUGAUGAUAAAACAUCAAAAGAGUGCCUCAAACAACUUAACCAGGAGAUAAAUUUGCUUAAUCAGUUUUCACAUCCGAACAUUGUUCAGUACUAUGGGAGUGAACUGGGAGAAGAAUCACUUUCUGUUUAUUUGGAAUAUGUCUCUGGCGGUUCUAUCCAUAAAUUACUACAAGAAUAUGGUGCAUUCAAGGAACCUGUUAUUCAAAAUUAUACCAGGCAGAUUGUCUCUGGACUUGCCUAUCUACAUAGUAGGAAUACAGUGCACAGGGAUAUCAAAGGGGCUAAUAUACUUGUUGAUCCAAAUGGUGAAAUCAAACUAGCAGACUUUGGAAUGUCUAAACAUAUAAACUCUGCUGCCUCAAUGCUUUCAUUCAAAGGAAGUCCAUAUUGGAUGGCACCUGAGGUUGUGAUGAAUACAAAUGGCUAUGGUCUUCCAGUUGAUAUAUGGAGCUUGGGAUGCACAAUACUUGAAAUGGCAACAUCGAAACCUCCAUGGAGUCAGUUUGAAGGGGUAGCUGCCAUAUUUAAAAUUGGAAACAGCAAAGACAUGCCUGAAAUCCCUGAGCAUCUCUCGGAUGAUGCAAAGAAUUUCAUUAAGCAAUGUUUACAAAGGGACCCAUUAGCUCGGCCAACAGCCCAAAGUUUACUAAACCAUCCCUUCAUUCGAGAUCAAUCAGCGACAAAAGUUGCGAAUGCCAGCAUAACUAGAGAUGCUUUCCCUUACAUGUCUGAUGGAAGCCGGACACCGCCUGUUUUAGAGCCUCAUUCCAAUCGAUCAAGUAUAACUACACUUGACGUAGAUUAUGCAACAAAGCCAGCUCUUGCAGCUGUACGUACAUUAAGGAAUCCAAGAGAUAGCACAAGAACGAUUACAUCUUUACCAGUAUCUCCCUCUUCAAGUCCAUUGCGACAGCAUAGGCCGACACAUAAUAGCCCUUUCUUUUCUCCUCCUCAUCCAUCUUAUGCAAUGAUGGGACAAAGCAGUUACACUUCGAAUAACAUGCACAAAAAUCCAGCGAGAUCAAAUGCCACUCUCACUCUUGAUCCAUGGCUUGAAACAUCUCGAUACAAAGCCCAUACACCACCUGGUGGUUCUCCGAGAAUGAGAUUCAUUUGAGUUGCAAUUGUAAAUACCAGUAGGUUUCCCCAGCAUGCUGUGCUCUGUGGUUGUUGACCUUCAAAAUACUUUGGUCCAUUCCUUUAUACAUGAGAACCUUACAAUUGAAGAAACUAGGGGCCAUAAACUCAAAUGCAUUGGAGUGGGGAGACCUUGCUGCUUGUAACAAUUUUCUUGAUUAUUGUAAAUGGAAUGUACUUUACUGUGCUUGUAGUAACGUUUAUGUUGUAUAUUGCUAGUUCAUAGCAGAAAAAGUAAUUUUUAUAAUAUUUAUGUGUUUGGAUA